AUGUCACCAAGAAUCUCCAGCACCUUUGGCUCAAGAGUUAUUCUCUUCAAGGCUCAAGAAAACCUUGUUCAAAAAGACCUUUACAAAGUCUUUUGCCCCCCAGACACCUUCCCCCUGUUUGGAGCUCAAACAAUAAUUAAAUCUUCAAUUACACCCAUUGCUACAUCUGACUGCUCUCCAACUACCAAAAAGCAGCAAAUUUUUUAUCUUACAGUACUAGAUCAAUUAGUGAUGAAUUCAACCCGUACAAACUUUGCUACAAAGAGGAUAUCUUCCUUUGUGAUUAACCAUGAUGAAAACCAUAAACAAUGCAUCACAUCAUCAGCCAAAGACGCAAUCAUUGCUGAGCUAAGAUCCUCUUUAGCUCUUUUGAAAGAGGCCUUUGACGAAGUUAAGGAAUCUAACAAGACUUUAAAGUCUAUGCUCCAGGCUCUUAUGAACAAAGACACUGUGGACCCUACAUCCUUGAUAGCAUCCAAACAUGCACCAAAGAACAUUACCAACAGCAGCAGCAACAACAACAACAACAACAACAAAAACAGCAAUAGUAAUGGUGACACUAAAACAAACAGUAUGUCCAAGCAAACAUAUGCUGAUAAAGCCAAGUCCACUAUUGCAGCCACAGUCCCAAAAGUUUUAAAGCAGAAGCUUGACAUUCUAAAGGCUCAAACCAUUCGAGCAUUGCAGCCCACAUCUGGAUCUUCCACAUAUGACUUUGUGUAUCUCUCAUGCAAACGCUUUUAUAAAUAUAAUGAAGUAUGCAAAAUGAUGUCUAUCCUAAAGAUCUCCCAGUCCAGAAUUCUUGAUAUUCACUUCCCUGCUCGUGGAGUAAUUGGACUUUUAGUUCAUAGAGAUUUCAAAUCUGAAUUGAUUGAUCUUCUUCAUAAACAGAAGAUCGUGCCAAUUUCCCAUUUCAGCCCUUUGGAUGGCAAAAUUAUCUGUGAUCCCAAACUUGCUUUGGAGUCCUUGGAUGUCCAUGCUUCCAAAGCUCAAGAGCUGUUUGAUAAGAGAAUAUUACGUACAUGUCUCCACCAACCUGCACUGGAAAAAAGUAGAAAAAUACUGACGUGUAUAUAUGGGCAAAUGGUACUGGAAUAA